CACUUUUGAAGCCGAUUCCGCCUUGCGAAGGCGUUGCAGGCGAGUCUGACCUUCGUCAAGAUCCGAUGACAUUGUCAAAAGCAGCGGUGCGGUGUCCUUCGUGCGUGUUGCUGGCGGGGCUGUUCAUAGGCAUUGGCUGGGUUGCGGUGCCCUCCCUCCUCCUCGCACUCCGCCCGGCAGGGCUGCACGUGUGCGAUCACACCAACACCAACACAUCUGCACUGCAUCAGCACACGGCAACCCAUGGCAACUUCACUCUCGUGGCUGGGAGGCGCUUCCGGCUGCUGCAGGCCAGCCGGUGUGGAUCUGCUGAGCUGCUGAGAGGGGCGGAGGUGGUGCUCGUCUCUCUGUCGGCUAUGCGGCCACUGAGUGAGGAUGAUCUGGUGCGGACGGCACUCCAGCCGGAGAAAGAUGCUGGGAAGGAGGAAUGUCUGUUCCCUCUUGCCAGAGUUGAGGCGGACCAAGAGGAGUGCAGCGUCUGCCUUGACCGUCUGGAGCCUGUUCACACCAUCCUACCGCCCUCAUCCGUUCCCCCCAGUGGCUGCAUCCCCGUCAGAAUGAAGGGCCUACAGUCCCUCAUGCCGGCCGGGCAAUGGACACCCGCAUUCUUGCGGAGGCUCGGCGCCGCCCGCAAUGUGACGCUCGACGCCUUCUCUGAGCCCUCCAGUGUCAAUGGGAGCACUAAACUGGACAUCCAGCGGGCAAUCACACUGGAUCAGGCGUUCUCUGCAGGGAACGGCACACACGAGGGCGGCGGGGGCAGGUGGCUGGACGUGCGGGAGGACAUUGAGGUGUUCAAUCAGCUGCCCGGGCUGCGAAGACACCUGCACUGGCGACUUGCAAUGCCGACGGUGAGUGACUGGCCACACAAUGAAGAGAGGAAGAGAAUUCGCGGUCGAUUGGCUGUCAUUCCUUUCAGCAUUUUGCUGCUUCUCUGGUGGAGUAUCUGUGGAUCGCCCCCAAGGGUUCCAUCACCCCACUGCACAUGGACCUGGCCGCCCCACACAUAUUCCACUACAUCAUCGCCGGCAAGAAGACCUUCUGGCUGUACCCCUACUCGCAGUCGGAUCUCCUCACUCCCACCGGCACCAUGCCACUCGACGGCGCCCUCUACUCCAAUAUGGUUCCUCAUGAUGCGCCGGCUAACAACGGAUCGGCAGAUGUGUCUGUCGUUCCGUCGUCGGCAGCGCCACUGAAAAUCACUCUCAGGUGGACGGGGCGAGAGUGGGAGGUGUUCUUUGGUAUCGCCCCUGCCUAUGUGUGUGUGUCGGCGCUGUGUGUGUCCACAGUGCCGGUGAGAGUUUGUACAUUCCCUGGGGCUGGUGGCAUUACGUCCACUACGACCAGGACUCCCUAUCGGUCGGCGACACACACAUCCACUGACACCUCUCAUACACACAUCAUAUGAUGCAGGCGAUCCUCUGUCUGCUGGUGUGUUCAGGUGAAUGUGGUCGGUUUCGAUUCGGACGUGCGCACGUCGGUGUGGUAUAGCGUGUUGGCGGUGGGUGUGGUGCUGCAGGGCAUCAAGGCCUUGUGUGCCGGCGACUGGGCCACUGUCUCGUACUGCUCUCACUGGCACCCGACUACCUGCGGAUCAUCAGUGUGUAGGACGGGAUGGGACCGAUGGUUGGAUGGGGGUGUGUGCACUUUUGGACCUUGUAUGUCCGUCUGUACGUGUCGAUACACACAUGGACUCAUUCAUGGAGGUGAGACAUGGGGCAAUUGACAUGGAUUGG